GGCGACCGGUCCCGGCACCGACACACGGGGCAGAGCGGAGCCGGACACAGCUCCGUGCCCACCGCCACCCCGUGUUGGUGCAGCCGGGAUGGCAUUAAAUGCUGCCUCAUGUCCAGCUCCUUGCCCUCCAUAACCCCCAGGUCGUUCUGCACAGGGCUGCUCUCACCGAGCCCGGUGGUGUCCCCCAUCACCACGUUGUGACACUGCGGGUGUCCCACUGGGGGGGAAGAACCACCCCACCCCUGCCCGCACUGCAGGGGGACGGCCCUGUGCUGCCCCCCAUGGGGACCUCGUUGGCCUGGGGGGUCCAAGAACAGGCCUGGGGACAUAGAGGUACUGAGCCCCCCCCGCCGGGGCUGUGUGAGGGCAGAAGCGCAGCUCAGCCUCAUAUUUGGGCACAGCGCAGGUUAUUGGCGGCUGGGCCCCGCCAGGAGGCAGAUAACCCCGCUGAUAACGGCUGUGCGGGGCCUCCGCUGCACCCAUUGGCUCCUGGGAUGCCUAUAUCUCCCCUCCCGGCCUGUGCUGCACGCUGGGUCUGUGGGGUGGGAUGGAGCCCGGCUGGGUGCUGGGGCUGCUGCUCUGUGUGCAGCUGUGCGGGUUUAGUGCUGGACCUGCGGCCAUAUCGCAGCCCUCCCCGGCGAUGAGCAACUCAUCCGUCCAUCUGCGGCUGGUGGGAGGCGGCCAUCGCUGCGCCGGGAGGGUGGAAGUGAUGCACGAAGGCGAAUGGGGCUCAGUCUGCACCUACGACUUCGAUUGGGACGCCCGCGGUGCCGGCGUGGUGUGCCGGCAGUUGGGCUGCGGGGCCGCAGUGAGAGCAUCCCCGUACGCCCCGUUCGGGCAGGGCGAGGGACGCAUCUGGCUGCAUCCCUUUAACUGCCGGGGGACGGAGCGGGCCCUGCAGGACUGCUACAACUUCGGCUGGGGACGGCAUUUCUGCGGCCACGAGUGGGACGUGGGGGUGACCUGCUCGGAGGCGCUGGAGCUGCGGCUGGCGGCCGGCAGGGGACCCUGCGAGGGGAGAGUGGAGGUGAAGCUGCGGGGCCGCUGGGGCGCGGUGGCGGACGGCUCCUGGACCAUGGAAGACGCCGAGGUGGUGUGUCAGCAGCUGGGCUGCGGCUCGGCAGCCGGCGCCCAUCACGGCUCUAAAUUCGGCCCGGCAGAAGGUCCCAUCAGCGUGGCCGUAGUUAAUUGCAGAGGGAACGAGAGCGCGCUCUGGGACUGCGCCAUUCAGGGCUGGGGGCCCUACGACGGCCAUCACGACCACGACACCGCCGUCGUGUGCCAAGGGUUCUCCCGGCUGGUCGGAGGGGACGGCGCCUGCGAGGGGCGGCUGGAGGUGCGGCGGGGCCGGGCCUGGCUGGGCGUCUGCCACGGCCGAGUGAACGAGGAGAGCGCCCGGGUGCUGUGCAGGGAGUUGGGCUGCGGGGCGCUGCUGGCCCUGCCCGAGCCCGGCCGCUUCGGGGCCGCGUCGGGGCCGCUCUGGGACGGCGCCUUCGAGUGCGACGGCUCCGAGCCGCUUCUGGCCGCCUGCGCGGCGCGGCCGCCCCCCGAGCACCGCUGCACCGACGCCGCCGCCGUCGUGUGCUCCCCCUACACCGGGUUCCGACUGGCGGACGGCGGCUCGUCCUGCGCCGGGCGGGUGGAGGCGGAACGGCGGGGAACGUGGGGAGCGCUGUGCGCCGGGUCCUGGGAGCUGCCCGACGCUCACGUCCUCUGCCGACACCUGGGCUGCGGCCCGGCCGCCUCCGUUCAGCCGGGGGGUCGCUUCGGGGCGGGGAAGGGGCCGCUGCGGCGCGACCGCCUCGGCUGCGUGGGGAACGAGCGGCACCCCGGGGAGUGCCCGGCCGCGGUGCUCGGGGAGCCCGACUGCGACCCCGGGCGGGCGGCCGCCGUCAUCUGCUCGGGAGCCGCGGAAACGCUGCGGCUGCGGGGCGGGGAGAGCCGCUGCGACGGGCGGCUGGAGGUGGCGUCGAGCCCCGACGUCUGGACCGGCGUGUCCGCGGGACCCAGCGACAACGGCACCGCGGCCGUGGCGUGCCGGCAGCUGGGCUGCGGGGCGCUCGAAAGGGCGUACGCUGCACCGGGAGGCGGCUCCGGCCUCGCGGAACUGCGGUGCGACGGCAGCGAGGAGCUCCUGGAGCGGUGCAGCACCUCGGGGCCGAGCCGCGGCCCUUCGGCGCUGGUCGUCAUCUGCUCAGGCAGCCGGCGGCUGAGGCUGGCGGGCGGCCCCGGGCGGUGUGCCGGCAGGGUGCAGGUGUAUAUGGACGGCGCCUGGAGCUCCGUGUGCCGGGACGCCUGGAGCCUGCGGGACGCCGCCGUCGUGUGCCGCCAGCUGCGCUGCGGGGCGGCCCUGCAGGCGCCCGGCCCCGAGCGCUUCGGCUCCGGUACCGGGACAACGUGGGCGGGCAACGGGGGCUGCGCGGGGACGGAGGCGGCGCUCUGGGACUGCCCGGCGCGGGGCGGCUGCGGCGGCGGCGGAGCGGGCGCGGUGUGCGCAGCGCUGCGGUCACUGCGCUUGGACGGCGGCGGAUGCGCCGGGAUCCUGGAGCUGCUGCACGACGGAGCGUGGGGCCGCGUGUGCGCCGAUGGCGCCGUGGCGGACGGCUCGGCUGUAGCAGCCGCCGUGUGCCGCCAGCUGGGCUGCGGGGCCGCCGGGACGCUGCACGCUGUACCGGACCGGGGCUCGGGCCCCGCGUGGCUGGGCCGGCUGCGCUGCGAGGCGGGGAGCCGCUCGCUCUGGCGCUGCUCCUCCACGGCCUGGAGCCUGCGGACGUGCGGCCCCGCCGGGGUCACGCACGUGGCCUGCGAUGAGGACGGGAGCGACGCGGGCGGCGGCCCGGCCCCGGGGAGCGGCCGUCGGGACGGGGACGGCUGUGCAGCCGUCCCGCUGGGAGAUGUCCCGCUGCCCACCGUGCUGUGCGCGCUGCUGGGGGCGAUGCUCAGCCUGGCCCUGGCCGCCCUGGCCCUGCAGACGCACCGCGCUCGGGCUCGGCGUGCAGGCACCGGCCAGGACGGCGGUUCCGAGGCGACGUACGAGGAGCUGGAUUACAGCCGGGAGGGGCUCGGAUGUGCAGGCUCCGUGCUGCAGGGCUCGGGGCUGCUGCUGUCACAUCGCCCCGGGGAUGAGGAGGAGGGGGGCGGCACCGCAGGGCGGAUGCUGUGUGAGGAUUAUGAUGAUGCCGCAGCUGUGCCCGAGGAGACGCUCGGGGAGAUGGGAUACGACGAUGUCAGCUGCCCAGGGGCGCCGCUGUGAGGGUGAUGGCCGGGGACACGGCCCUGCAGAACCGCAGAGCAGUGGCUCCAUGGCCGCUCCUCCACCCAUCUCGUUAGGGUGUGUGUUUGUUAAGCAGUAAAACAGGC